UUUUGUUUUCCCUCCGCUACACAGCUUGAGAGGGAGAAGGCAAAAUGGAUUACAGCGGAGGAAACUGGACUAUGAUCCCCACGCACAGCUCCAACCUUACGCAAUCCAAUCAGGAUCCUCUCUUUCUUCAUCAACAACAACACCAAUUUCUGCAGCAGCAGCAGCAGCAGCAGCAAACGUUUCAAGCUCAAACCCCGCAAUCUCCAUUUCAACAGCCGCAGCAAAACCUCUAUCAACAGCAACAUCAACCGCAGCGUCUUCUCCAACAACAUCAGCAACAGUCGCAAUUGCAGCAACAACCCCAGCCACAACCUCAACCGCAGCAGAAUCCUCAUCAGUCCUUAGCUUCUCACUUUCAUCUCUUGCAUUUGAUGGAGAAUUUGGCAGAGGUUGUCGAACAUGGAAGUAGGGACCAGCAAUCAGAUGCAUUGAUUAAUGAGUUGAGCAGCCAUUUCGAGAGGUGCCAGCAGUUGUUAGACUCCAUUUCAGGCUCCAUUAGCACCAAGGCUAUGACAGUUGAGGGACAGAAGAAGAAGCUAGAGGAAAGUGAGCAAUUGCUAAAUCAGCGAAGAGACUUGAUUGCUAAUUACCGGAAGUCUGUGGAAGAGCUUGUUAAAUCUGAGCCAUAAGUUCCAGUCAAUCAAAUGUGGUUCUCUAUCAUCAAUAUCUGGAUAUUACGGUUCUGAAGGGAAAAAUCAGAAGUUUUGAUAAAUAGGUUGUAGGAAAUGUGGAGGCAACUGGUAACUGGGAGCUAAAAUUUCUAUAUUUAGCUCCUCACAAGUAUAGUUUCUUUAUUGAUUAUUGAUGUUUCUUCUCUGUAACAGUCCCCAUUGUUAUUGGGUGAACCUUGUUAUUUAAUGUCGUUGAAGGUUCUGUAAAUGGUAGAACAUGCCUUUUAGAUUUCUGAUUUCUGAGUUCAGCUCUAAA